GCUAUAUCUAACCGCCGCGAUAAGAAGACACGAAUAGAUUAUACUCCGAAAGGGCAUGGCCAUCGAUUUUGCCGUAAAAUCCACGCUCCGAUUUUUCUCACUUUCGCUACAGCUAUUAUUCGCUUCUUCAAAUAUCUUCAGCAACUGGCGAGUGAGAGUAUAGGGUUAGAAAUGGCUGAAACUGUCGACUUGAGUGGAGAUGGAGGUGUGAUGAAGACAAUUGUGAAGAGAGCCAAACCUGAUGCUAUUACUCCUUCGGAUAGCCUUCCUCUGCUUGAUGUGCAUUAUGAAGGGACUUUGGCUGAAACUGGUGAAGUUUUCGAUACUACACAUGAAGACAAUACGAUUUUCAGCUUUGAACUAGGCAAGGGUUCUGUAAUAAAGGCUUGGGAUAUUGCUCUUAGAACCAUGAAGGUUGGGGAGGUUGCCAAAAUAACUUGCAAGUCGGAUUAUGCGUAUGGCAGUGCGGGUUCCCCACCUGAGAUUCCACCAGAUGCAAGUCUUAUUUUUGAGGUGGAGCUGGUAGCGUGCAGACCAAGAAAAGGUUCGAGCCUGGCUAGUGCCUCAGAUGAAAGGGCUAGAUUAGAUGAGCUGAAGAGACAAAGGGAGAUGGCAGCUGCACAGAAGGAAGAAGACAAAAAGAAACGAGAAGAAGCCAAGGCAGCUGCUGCGGCUCGUAUUCAGGCCAAAAUGGACUCCAAGAAAGGCGGGAAGGGAAAGAACAAGGGAAAGUAGCCAGUAGCAUUGUUCUUCAUUAGAUAUUAACUAAAUAGCAUGUUGAUCGCUCUUGUUAUGACAUGUUUCAAAUAUUAGCUUUGUUUUCAGUCCAUUAGCUAAAAAAUACUGCAAAUAAAUAAGGGCUUCAAGCUUCUUGUUAUGAAAUAUAUCUAAUAUUAGCCUUA